UGGACGCAAACUCGCCUUUCACAAUAUUUGUUUUUAGGCUGUUUUUAUGUAUUUAAAGACUCUUUCCUAUUUGCCUCAUGGGUCGGAACCUUUCUGUCCGGAACUAUUAACACUGUAUACUGUAUUAGUCGUGCAAUUUAUAAGUAAGGACUGCGCAACUGCGGUUUAAAUUAAACCGUGCACGAGCGUCGGUCCACCCGGAGCCGUGUUGUUUGUCUCUCCCUCUGAAAUCAGGGUCUUGAUCCCACGUAUCGGGUCCGGAUGGAGAUGUUCGCCUCGUUUGAUGACUCCGUGUUCCUGGAGGCGCGAGACCGAGUCCCCGUCACGUUGUCGGCUUACGACGCCAAAGUGUGUGAGCCGGAGUGGUUCUGUGAGACGUCCGCUCUCCACACGGAGGAUCCUUUGGAGAAGCAGAAGAUCUACAAGUUCAGAGGCGACCUGGCUGUGAGACGGGGACGCCAUCAGGAAGCCCUGGAUGCAUACUCCAGCUGCCAGGAGUGGAUCGCUGACAACAACCUGACCAUCCGGAGGGACGUGCUGGAGGGAAUGGCCCGGUGCUGCACCAAGCUGGGUCAGAGGGACCGGGCGCUGGACUUCGCCAACCUGCUGAGCAAAGAAGUGUCCAACACCUGUCACCUGACCAGCCUCCUGCUGCUCAAGGUCAGCAUCUACCAGCAUUUUGGGGCCGUGGGAUCAAAGAUGGCGGCGCUGCAGCGACUGUGUAGCCUGCUGCCCUUUAACCCCUGGCACUGGCACAGCCUCGGGCAGACGUGUCUGCAGCUGCUGGGAGACAACACCACAGGGUCGUGUUUCCCAGAGAGGUGUGAUUCAUCAGAAGAGCAGAAUGAUGGAGGGAGUGAGGAGGAACAGCCCAAUGACAACAGAAUCUGGCUGAAAGCGUGCACCUGUUUCAUCAGGACGAGACUCCUGUUGAGAAUCCUUCGACAGCAGCAGUCCUCCUUUGUGUUGCAGCGCACGGAAACCACUCUACGAAUGACAGAUGAGGCGUUGCAGAGACUGAGUCCCAAAGAAACUACCCUGCAGGCGCUCACCGAGGUGCUGUCGGAGGACCUCAUUCCAGACAAGAUGAGGGAGGACUACCAGGACGGGGACAGUCUGGCCAAUGUGUGUGUGCAGAGUUUCAGGGAGCGCUGGUGGAACAAGAGCCUACUGGCUGAUGGACUUGAUGCCCCUUGUUGAAGAACAUGCUGUCUGUCUGUCUGUCUGUCUGUCUGUCU